AUGGCCAAAGCAAAUCAUCCUGCUUUGAAUAUAAAUCACGCCCCAUCGAAAUCGCCAUCGCAACAAUCCAUUGCCAGUCAUGACCAAGCAGAACACAUCAUCUCUGAUCUCAAAGUGGAUCAAACGUUACCUGUGAGUGACACAACUGGGAGCAUCCCCGUUAUUAGCAAUAAGCAUACCCACCAGCAAAGCAAUACCUCCAAAGUGGCCAAGAAAAAGCCAAAACAACUUUCAGAGCGCCAUAAAUUGGAAGAUACCUGGAAUACACCUGAGUUACUUGAGCAAUUCUCAUCAAGAACAAGAGGACGAAGAUCCGCACAAGCAAACCAGGCCAUUCAGCAGGCGGAGAGCCAGAGUAUUCAGUAUGUAGAGGGCCAGAAUGUCCAACAGGCAGAGUCUAUAAAGGUAAAUCAUCCCACAAAUGACAAUGAGCCAACAACCGUCAGUAUGGCAGCAAAUGUCAAUACAAUGAUAGCACAGGACAUCAUCCCAAUGCAGCCCACACCAUCUUCAUCAGCAUCACUCAAAAGAAAGGCUACACAUGUUGACCUUCAUGGUGCUUUACUUGUAAAUGAAUCAAAUCCACAGCCAACAGAGACAAUUAAUGUAGCUGAAAUGGCUUAUGGUUACGAUGAUGUGUUCCAGCCUUCGCCAUUACAACCACAAUCACAGCCAAAAGCAGCAGCAAAAUCAAAUCCAAAAGCGACAACAGCUUUCAAGUCUAAAACACCAAGAAAGAAAGCAGACCCUAAAACGGCCACACCACGCAAGAGAAAAAUACAGACGACUACCGCCUCGCCAUCGUUUUUAGCGUCUUCUGCGGUGCAAUCAACCAUGCCUCCUAACAGUACUGUUUCAAGCUCAUCUUCUCCGUAUCUACAUUUGAGUCGCCAUGCUCCGUAUCAAUAUCCCAAUACUCCGGGAUCACCUUAUACCAGCUCAUCAUUAGUCAAUACCCAAAUGCAAUCACCGGUCGAUACUCAUAUGCAGCCAUCAGCCAAUGCUCGCGUGCAAUCACCAACCUAUGCUCAUAUACGAUCACUAAUGUAUACCCAUAUGCAAUCGCCGAUGAAUACUCAUAUGCAAUCGCCAGCCAAUGCUCAUUUGCAAUCAUCAACCAAUACUAAUUCUCCUCAACAUGAAAAUUAUUAUUCAAGACACUACUACUCGAGCUCGCCAACUACUUACCAAGGACCACCAAGACAUCCUCCUGGCUCAAGACAGCUCCAUCAAAAUUCAGUCUCUCCACAUCAAGCUCCAGUAUCAUCACAUCAAGUUCCAGCUCCAUUUAUCGCUCCUCACCUUCACUACCCUUCUCUUGCUGUAGAGCCUGCAUUAUCGACCUCAAGAGCCGAUACUACUAUAGCUUCAAUGACUGCUGAUUCAGGUACAGUGCAUUCUGCUCUAGCUGCUGCUAAUGACAUGCUUGGUAUUAAUCAUGCUGAUUUACUAUCUACUUUAGGCACUGAUACCGCUGCUGCAUUUCAUUCUACUACCACCUCUGAUAAGCAUUAUUUGAACAGCACUGGAGAACUGAUGGCUGAACCCAGACUACAGCAGCCCUCAGCAACAACAUCUGUCACAUCUCAACGCAAGAGAACUACGACACCAAGAACCAAAGGAGAGCAAAAGACAAAAGCAAAAGUAGCUCGUCAAUCGAAAGGGCCAAAAGCUCAAACUGCUGCUGCUCCAGUUACGGAUGCUACUGAUUCGAGCGUCAUCGCGCCUUCACCUCUAGUUAACACUGCUAAUCCAGUUCCAACUAGCAGCAAUGCGUCUCAAGUUGAUUUGCCUUUGUCUUUAGAUCAUGUCCAAGGUAUCCGUGUUUCAGAGAAUGAGACCAACGAUACUGUAGCAAAAGAGCCUGUUCUGGAUGCCAUCCAUCUUGAAGCAAAGGAGACAGUGGCUAGUGCAGCCGUAACAAAGAUAAAGCCACAAACAAAGACACCGGCAAAGACGCAGAAAAAGUCUAAUGCAAAAACAUCUCGCAAAUUGGAAGCACCAAAAGCCGGUGAUGCAACUGACAUGAUCGCUGCACCGCUUCCUCUUCCACCACCACCACCACCACCAUCCUCGGCCACGGACACUGCUCCAACUUGUUCUACUAGCAAUGUACCUGAAGCUUCAUCCUCAACAGAUACGAAUGCGCUCAAUCUUGCUGUAAUUGAAGAAGCAAAUAGCACAAUGGAAACCAAGGCAAAGACCAAAGCAAACACGCCUCGAAAAAAAGCAUCACACAGUAAGCCAAAUGCACCGGAGACUGACGCUGUCGAUACUCCAAUGAUGGAUGCCACUGACGAUACUGCUGUGCCAUUUUCACCUUUGAUCCAUAAUGCUGCUUUGGCUCCAAUGAGCGAAGCACCUGAAGCCUCAUCCUCAGCAACCCUAGAUGCUAUUGGUAAUGAAGAAAUGGUGAGUGCAACAAAGGCAAAAGCAGAAACACUUCCCAAGGCAAAGACACCACGUAAGCCACAAACAUCAAAAGCUGAGGCAGUUGAUACUCUCAUGAUGAGCGCCACUGGCACAAUUGCUACAGCCUUACCUUCAACCAAUGAUGCUCUCUCAAUGCCAGCUAUCAACGCACCUCAAACUGAUUUGCCCAAAACUUCAACAAAUUCAAAAGUGAUUGAUGCUGUAGAUAGUGAGGCCAUUGAUACUACAACGAACGAGGUGUUAACAGACACAGUCAAUCUUGCAGAAAAUGGAGCAGCUGCCAAUACAACAGCGGCAAAGGGAAAAGGAAAGGGAAAGUCCAAAGCAAAAAGACCUGCUAAAGCAACACCUAAUGCAAAAUCGUCGGGUAAAGCAAAGGCACCAAAGGCACCAAAGGCACAAAAAGUAUCAAAUACACCAAAAGCGAAAGCUAGAGACGGUUCCAUGAUGGAUGCCACUGACAAUGAUGCUACGUCCUCUACGUCCAUCCAUGACGCUGCUCAAACCCCAUCGAUCGAGGCACUGGGAACUGAUUUGCCCUCAACUUCUCAGGCAGUAAGUAGUCUCGUAGACAAGGAAGCAGUUGAUAUUGCGAUAACCGAGGCGGCUCAAGACACAACCUACCUUGCUGAAAAUGAAACAGUUGCUAGUACAACAAAGGCAACGAAACCCCCCAAGGCAAAAUCGCCUCGAAAGCCAAAGGCAACACCUACUUCAAAGACAUCUACUAAGCCAAAGGCACCCAGCAAGAAAAAGACAUACAAAGCGAAGGCUGUGGAAACUCCAGCCAUUGAAGCUGCUGCAUCUGAAGCUACUUUAAGCUCACCUUUGGCAAACGCGGAUAGUCUUGAUCAAGAGAAUCAAGUAACAAGUACGGCAAGUGAUGCAGUCCCUACAAAGAAAAGAAAACGCACAUCGAGCAAGAAGGCCACCGAGUCAGUAGAGCAACAAGACAUGAAAGAUGUCAGCACCGUGGUAGAUGCAACAGAUGGAAACAAGGCAAAGAAGCGCAAGGGGCCGCCCGAGUCUAACACCAGUGCCAGUCGUCGUCAAUCUACUAGACAAAGGAAGAAGCCCAAGUACAGAGAUGAGGAUGAUGAUCAUAUCAUGCUGGACGUGUAUACUGCUGCUGCUACUACUACUACUGCUACUGCUACACCAGUCGAAGCUACAGAGGAUGAGCAAGUACAAGAGCAGGACCCAGCACAAUUCCAAACGUACAUUGAAAGUAGAGACAGUUUCCUAGUGGACGAGGAUUUCAAGGUACUUAUCCCUCAACUGAUGUCUGGUCUUCCGAUCGACGAACAAGCAAAGCUGGCAAAACUACUUCCUCCUCCAGAUCUUGAGGGUGCCACUGCCAGUAACCCAAUCCCUGUUACAUUCUUAUCACCCUCCAACACGCAUUUCUGGGAAGCUGUUAAUAAAUUUCAAGAGAUUUUGGGCAUGGGUGGAUUUGAGCCAGAGAGUAUCAAGGAACGAGAAGCAAUGCGAGCUGCAGAACUACAAGACGAUACCUUCAAGGAUGAUAAUUACGAAGCUUAUUGGGGCGAAAGACUGGAAAGAGACAAGAAGCAAAAAGCAGCUGCUAAAGCCAAGGCGGACAGAGCAGCCAACAGAGGCCGUGGAAGAGGAGGCCGUGGUGGUGGUCGCAGUGGUGGUCGCGGUGGUAAUGCAAGCCGAGACAAAGGCAAGACGAAAGCUGUUUAA